CGCCCCGAGGGGCCGUCAGACCGGGAGCGACGCCGCAGCCGGCACCGUGCGUCUCUCCGCUACGAGAACGCUGCCCCUGUGUUCCCUCCGCGCCGACGGCUUUUCCCAGUGACUGUGUACCCCGCCUUUAUUUAUUCCGGGUCCUCUUCGCCUCUCGUUCCGCUGACGCUCUGUAGCUGAGGAUUUAUUUUAUUUUUUUAAUCCUUGCGAGAAGCACAGUACAGAGCGGAGCGCUCCGUCUCGCCGGGACUCCGGGACAGACCCGCCGCACAGCCCUAGGAGGAGGCGCGGCCGCCCCGCCGCCAAGGACAAAAGAGCGGCCCCUGCGCCAUGAGCAGCGCCGAGAUGGGCAAGUUCAACAUCUCUCCCGACGAGGAUAGCAGUAGCUACAGCUCCAACAGCAACGACUUCAGCUACCCCUACCCCACCAAGCCGGCCGCCAUGAAGAGCCACUAUGCAGAUAUGGAUCCGGAAAAUCAGAAUUUCUUACUUGACUCCAACGUUGGAAAGAAGAAAUACGAAACUCAGUAUCAUCCGGGUACCACUUCCUUUGGGAUGUCAGUAUUUAAUCUGAGCAAUGCUAUUGUGGGCAGUGGCAUCCUGGGACUUUCCUAUGCCAUGGCUAACACUGGAAUUGCUCUUUUUGUGAUACUCCUGCUAGUUGUUUCAAUACUUUCUUUGUAUUCAGUGCAUCUCCUUUUGAAGACUGCUAACGAAGGAGGAUCUUUAUUAUAUGAACAGUUGGGAAUGAAGGCAUUUGGUAUGCCUGGAAAACUUGCUGCUUCUGGAUCAAUUACAAUGCAGAACAUUGGAGCUAUGUCAAGCUACCUCUUCAUAGUGAAAUAUGAGUUACCAUUGGUCAUCAAGACAUUUAUGAACAUCGAAGAGAACACAGGACAAUGGUAUCUUAAUGGCGAUUAUUUAGUGCUGAUGGUGUCUGUCAUCCUCAUUCUUCCCCUGUCUUUACUGAAAAAUUUAGGAUAUCUGGGCUAUACCAGCGGCUUUUCCUUACUUUGCAUGGUCUUCUUUCUGAUUGUUGUAAUUUGGAAGAUGUUUCAGAUUCCUUGUCCUAUGGACAGUGACAUCAUAAACGCAACGUUAAUAAAUGCAACACUGGUACCUUUCACAGAUGAAAAUAUAACAGUUGAUGAUGCAUGCAAGCCAAAAUAUUUCAUCUUCAAUUCACAGACUGUCUACGCUGUCCCAAUCCUAACAUUUUCUUUUGUCUGUCAUCCUGCAAUUCUUCCUAUCUAUGAAGAACUGAAAAGCCGAAGCCGUAAAAGAAUGAUGAACGUGUCCUACGUAUCUUUUUUUGCCAUGUUCCUGAUGUAUUUAUUGGCUGCUCUCUUUGGUUACUUAACGUUUUACGGAAGAGUUGAAUCAGAACUACUUCAUACCUACUCUGCUUUUCUGGGUGCUGACAUUCUUCUUCUAAUUGUGCGUCUUGCUGUACUUAUGGCUGUAACUCUCACUGUGCCUGUGGUUAUUUUCCCAAUCCGCAGUUCCGUUACCCAACUUCUGUGGGCAGGGAAGGAGUUCAGUUGGUGGCGUCACUGUGCCAUCACAGUCGUUCUUCUGGCAUUUACCAACGUGCUCGUUAUCUUCGUCCCUACUAUCCGAGACAUCUUUGGAUUCAUUGGUGCGUCUGCAGCAGCUAUGCUGAUCUUUAUUCUUCCUUCUGCCUUCUAUAUCAAACUAGUCAAGAAGGAGCCAAUGAAGUCGGUGCAAAAGAUUGGGGCUGCAUUAUUCUUUCUAAGUGGUAUACUUGUGAUGACUGGGUGUAUGACACUGAUUAUUCUAGACUGGAUCCAUACUGAUGCUUCUGAUGGGCAUUAACUGUCCUGGUGUAAUACUCCACUUCAAAUGCCAGUGUUCACUCAGAUACCUACUGAGAAUGAAAAUGAGCUAUUCAGCUUCCUUCCUUUAAAAUACAGAUUCUUUGUUGAUGGUUCUUCUGAUUGUAGAAUACCUGAACUCUGGCUUUAAGGAACUAUUCUGCAUGAUGGAAAUGGAUAUUAACAUCAAACCACGUGAGUGUCUGGCUGAAGGAAGUGACAACUUUAUUCCAUUCCAGAGAAUGGAUAGAACUCUGUGUAGACUUUUAUCAAGCCAUGUUUGGCUUUCAUCAUUGUUACUUGGAUAUUUUGUUAUUUUACUUGAAUGUGCCUAAUGGAACCAUUCGAUGUGAGAAAUGACUCUUAAUUUACAGCAAAGCAUUUAAAUAACCAAUGAGAGAGAGAGAACAACACUAUUAUUUUUUGUACCAAAAAUUCUUAUGGACCUCAAAAGCACUAUUUUGACUUUAAGAAACUUUUUUUCUAAACAGAAACAUGCGCAUAAAAAUAAGUAAUCGGUGUCCUAAAUUGAAUCUAGUUUGCCUCUCUUUAGAGGCCUAACUAGAAGAAAUUUUAUGUUAAAAAAUACUUCUGAUGACCAAAACAGAAGAUGAACCAAUUCAAAUAAAAUCUUCAAAUGUUUCUCUUAAAAAUUAAUUUUUACUAUACUGAAAUUUUAACUACAGUUUACCUUUGUUUCAAAAAAAAAAAAAAAAGAAAAAAAUGUGGAAACCCAAAUUGUCAAGCUUUAAAAAGUAUGUACCCCUUAGAAUGGGUCCACUUGAGAAAUGUAGUUAAUGUGGAAUUCAGAGUGAUGGUAUGGACAUUUCCAUUCUUGAAGUACUCAAUAGUGCAAUUGGGUAAAACAGGGUUUGGGGUUUUUUGCUUUUUUUUGUUCUUUUUUGUUUGUUUGUUUGUUUUUCUGUUGUAGAUAAAAACUUAAUGGCAAUGGAGCAUAUAAUUAUGCCAUUAAUAAAAGACUCCUUCAUGGAGUUCUGUUCAUCAAUAAGGUCCACUUUCAGUUGUAGAAAUGUUUGUUGGUUGUUUUUUUUUCUGUCCUGUCUUGAAACACUCAGUAGGGAAAGAAAAAGGUCCUAAUGUAGUUUACUGGUUGUAUAAUAUUCAAAAGCUGUACAGUAUUUCUCAAAGUACUCAUCCAUUAUUGGAUUUUUAAUUACUUGACUAUUCUGUUUCUGAGUCAAAUCCACAAAAUAACUGCGCCAGUGUUUCAUGCUUGGUACAAACUCUCUUCACACACACAAUGGGAUUCCUCUUCCAAUUUAUAGUGUAUCGUAGUAUUACAGAUAACCUCAUAGACUGAAUAGUCAUCUCAUACUUGUUUGCUUCAGAAAUAGGUAAGUUUUUUAUGAACCCUAGCUAGCUGAUGAAACAGAUGCUGUAUGGUUGUGAUAGCUGUUUUGUUUCUAGUGCAUGUUUACUCUUUCAUUCUUAUCCCAGGGUGAAGAGAAAUAACACUUAUGUAACAGCGUACUUGGCUUACAAGAGGUUCUCAAACACAAUAUUAGGUACAAAAGCCUCGAUAGGGAUUGUUAAUGAAAUAAUCAUGGCAAUGUGGUCAGUUUUCUUCAUCUAACACCAUGUUUUAAAAGUCUGAUUUACGAUGUUCCACUCAGCAUUUCUCAGAGGGAACAAGUAGGGCCCUGUAAUCUAUUGAUGAAACAGUGCCUGAGACUUUUUUUGCUCUUGUAGAAUCGGUCAGGAACAAAUCUAAAUUACAGUCGUUGUUUGGCAGAUAACAUCAAGCUCUGCCCAGCCAUUUAAAAUCCACGAAAAAAAAUUGCAGGUAUUUUGUACUGAUACUUCUGCAUGGCUUUAAGUGCUGGUUGCUAAGUCUGUAAUGUAAACUGUAAUGAGAAGUUAGAUUUCUUUUGUGGUGUUUGUAUCAUUCGUUUGGUGGUGCUCAACUGGCGAUGAACGAUCCUGAAGUCAGCACUGACUAAAGCUCCUUAGGUACUUCUCUGCCUCAGGUACUUUACAUCCAUGGUGUCUACCCCAUGGUACCUGAAUACACAGCAGUGCUGAGCGCGUGCCUCUACUUCGGCAGCUCUUCUUCCUCUGCAAACACAGAACUGAAGAGGAUUGAAAUGUCUACCUUUGAGCAAUUUGUAGCACAUAAGGGAUGAAGCACUUCCCUUGCCAGCUUGAUAAAAAAAAUAAUAAUCUUUCUCUCAGAACGAUAGGAGAGAACAAAAUUAGAGGUUACUACGCAGUCCCUCUCUGCACCUGGAGAGGAGAACGAUUUUUGUGAUGGCACCUCAUAAUGCUGUUACCAUGUAUGUCAUCUAACUCUUUUAAUGUAGCAAUUUCUGGAUUUUGUGUUAAGCGUUGUAUUACUUGAUGGCUGGCUCUUCACCUGCAACAGUUGAGUUCCACUUGGCUGGGUUGGUUUCAAAUGUAUGUUUUUGGUUAGUUGUUGUUUUUAGUUAUGUUUAUUUUUGGAAACCUGUCUGUCUAAAGUUGCCUACAUAACAAAUGACCUGAAAGAGCAGCUUCAGUAUUAAACCACUGUUCUGUCACCUCAGUUAGACAUUACUGUCUUCCAUGAUAUUUCAGUCCUAAGUGUAAUAUGUUAUUUAUAAAACAUUAAUCCAUUAAGCCUAAACCUAUUUUUCAAUAUUUAUGAUAUUAUAUGUACAUAAAAUUGUAUGUGUGUAUAUACUGUAAGUAUAAUGUAUAUAGUGUAGGUUCGGGGCUUGGGAUUUAUGUAUAUAUUUCUCUCUCAUUACUGAAAAUUACAUCAUUUCAAUGAGUUGCUCAUGUUGUACAUCUGUAUAACAACUGUCAAAGGAAAGGUCCUUCCACAACAAAAUGUAAUGCUUACCAAAACGGAUGUAGUGUGUUACACCAAAGGGUGUAAGCAAACGCCGAGAUUGUAUUUAUUACAAAUGUAUAUGUUGCAAUAAACACAAAUGUCACUUGGGUCCAUAAAAAGCAUAGUUCAGGUUUGUGUAUGUUUUGCUUCUGAAAUUUACCAUGGAUGUUUAUGAUUUCCUGAAUGCUGCAAUUUAACAACUCUUAGGCUCUAACAGACGUGUUAGGCCAUCAGAUUCAGGCAUCCUACAGUACAUCCCUGUACAUAUGUAAGUAGUCACUGUAUUGUUAGAGGCCAGCAGAGGAGCUACAGCUGUUGGCAGAGUGCAACACAGUUUCAAUGAAACAUUGUAUGUUUGUUUUAACUGAACUUAAAUAAACAGAUAAUGCUAA